GUGAUCGAUCCAUAAACCCUAAAAACAUAUCAGAAGCCGAAAUCUCUCUCUGUCACACUCCAACCCAAAACCAUGAGAAAUCAAUGGCGUCUUCUUCUUCUCCAACGAUGCAAACCAGUUUCCGAUCUUCAAUACAAGGUACACUCAUCACCCCUUCUUCCUCUUUCUCCCAUCAUUUCCCAAAUUACCCCUCACUCUCGCACACCCACUACCCAUUUCCAAAACCCCAAUUUCACGCGAUUCUUUUCAUCCUCUGUUCAAUCGAAUAUCACACCAACAUUGAUUGAACUCUAUUCAGAUCCAUAUAAAAGCAAUGAAGAUGUUAUGCUUGAAUUAGAGUCCAAAACUAAUGAUAAUAAUAUUAUUGAGUUGUUUAAAAAUAGAGGAUCAGAUCCUGAAGCUGGUAGGCUGUUUUACGAGUGGGUUAUGGGUAAAGAAAGCGGUGAUUUCACUGAUUUGAGGUCAAACUCAUGUAACCAGCUGUUGGGAAUACUGGGGGCAAAUGGGUUGGUUAAGGAGUUUUGGGGUUUGGUUGAGGUUAUGAAGAAGAAAGGGUAUGGAGUGAAGAAAGGUGCGUCGGUUCGCGCGAUGGAACGGUUUGAGAAAGAUGGGUUGGAGGGAGAUGUGCAGAGGUUGAAGGAUUUGUUUGCGUUGGGGUCGGGUGGUGAUUCAGUUGAGAAAGAUAGUUCUCGGGUUUGUAAGGUUGUUAGGGCGGUACCGUGGGGGGAAGAUGUUGAGAAUAAGUUGAAGGGGAUGGGGGUUGUGUAUUCGGGUGAUUUGGUUAAGUCGGUUUUGGAGAAUCUUGGAACGGAUUUGAAUAAAGCGGUUAUUUUUUUUAGGUGGGUUGAGGAGAGUGGGUUGUGGAAACAUGAUGAGAAGACGUAUAAUGCGAUUGCGAGAGAGGUGGCUAGAGAAGAGUAUUUGGAUAAGUUUUGGAGGUUGAUUGAUGAGAUGAGGGCUGCGGGGUUUGACUUGGAGAAAGGUACUUACGUUCGCGUUUUGAAUCAGUUUGUUAGGAAAAGAAUGUUGAAAGAUGCGGUUGAGUUGUACGCGUUUGCUAUGGGUGGAAACGUGAAGCCGUCGGUUCAAGAUUGCCCGUUUCUGUUGAAAAAGAUAGCGACGGGUGAGAAGUUAGACAUGGAUUUGUUUUCGAAGGUUUUAACGGUUUAUAAAGAGGGUGAGAAUACGUUGACGAAUGCUGCGUUGGAUAGUGUUCUCAAGUCUUUAACGAGUGUCGGUAGGUUUAACGAGUGUAACAAGAUAUUAAGAGCGAUGGAGGAAGUCGGGUUUUUUCCUGAUGAGAAUUUGCAAAGUAAAAUCGGAUUCCAGCUCAGCAAGAACAGUGAAACAGAGGAAGCGAGUAAGUUUCUUGAUUUCGUGGAAGGUUCCAGAACUAUUCCAAGUUAUAAAACUUUCGGGUCGUUGAUUGAAGGAUACUGUCUUUCCGGUCACCUGGAUAAAGCUUGUGAUUGUUUCGAAAAACUGAUUGAAAACGGAGGGAGCUCUUAUGCUGGUUAUGCAUUGGAAACAUUGACAAAUGCGUAUUGCUCUAAAGAAAGAGCAAACGAAGCUUACAAACUCCUCGCAAAUGCGGUCAUUGAGAAAGAAGUUAAACCGUGGCAUACUACAUACAAGUUAUUAAUAAGUAAGCUAUUGGAUCAAGGGCUGUUCAAAGAAGCUACCGACCUUUUUGCACCAAUGAAAGCUCACGGAUACCCACCUUACUUGGACCCGUUUGUUAAAUACGUUUCAAAGACGGGCACCACUGAUGAAACUGUCAUGUUCUUAAAAGCAAUGACUUACAAGAAAGUACCGUCAACAGCAGUUUACUUGCGGGUCUUCAAAGCGUAUUUUAAGGCUGGAAGGCAUAACCAAGCACAAGAUUUUCUUUCAAAAUGCCCACGAUAUAUUCGAAACCAUGUAGAUGUUUUGACUCUGUUUUCUUCCAUGAAACUCGCUAAAGGUACAGCGGCCCCCACCCCUGUGGCUGCAUAAGGAUCAAGAAUUCUUUUUUGUUCAAAGGGAAAGAAUUAGAAGAAGUUCAAAUGUGUCUCACUUUGAUUUUUGGUAAGUCGGUAGCAUUUUUAUAUUUUCAAUAAUAUUUUUCUUGAACUCGUUUAUAGUUUGUAACGUUCCCAAACGCUGCAUGUUGUUGCCAUGCUAUGCAAUGUUAUAUUAUUGCUACUGGUGCUGAUAGAUUUUAUACAUCUGGGAUGGAGUUGCUAUAUGUCA